CUCUCCGGCGCGGUUCUCGGGGAGCGGGCGGGGGGAGGCGAGCCGGCCCCCCAGCCGCGCGCGCGCGGGGCGGCAGGAGGAGGGGACCGCGGGCCACGGCCGGGCGGACUUUCGGCCCGCGCCCCGGAGAGCCCCGGCGGGCGGGGGUCGCUUUUGCAGACCUCGGCCGCCGAGGUUUGUUUGGGUUUUUUUUUUUUUUUCCUUUUUCUUUCUAAGAGAAUUCCCGAUCCCCACCUCGCCUCCCCAGCACCGCCGCCGCGUACUGGCUUUGUUUUUACGAUUUCCCCCCAACGAAUCACUUGUCAGAUCAAUUCUGUCUUCCCCCUCCUCCCUCCUUCCCGCUCUCCCCUCCUCCCCCAUCGAAAACCCCGUUCUCCGAGGUUAGACAUUUUACAAACCAUAUAUGCUGUUGGUCCAAUUGUGAUUUUCCCCCCCCCCCCCACCCCUUAACCCCUCUCUUCCAUGGCUACUCUUCCAGACGCUUAUCCGCCCUUCCCCCGCUUAGGGGGGCGAGGGUAAAGGAAGAGAAAAUAAUACAAUUUCAGGGGAAGUCGCCUUCAGGUCUGCUGCUGCUUUUUUUUUUUUUUUUAAUUUUUAAAAAAAAAAAGACAUAGAAAACAUCAUUCUUGAACUUCUCUUCGAGAACCCGGGCUGCAAAGGAAAUCUCCUUUGUUUUUGUUAUUUAUAUGCUGUCAAGUUUUGAAGUGGGUAAGGCAGCCAAUUUCAGGAAAAGCAGUUCUGUAUUAUAACCCACAUGAAGCAUUAUAAAGAGUGUUUUGAGUGAUCUUUAGAGAGUAACUGAGUAUGGAUCAUUUGAACGAGGCAACUCAGGGGAAAGAACAUUCAGAAAUGUCUAACAAUGUGAGUGAUCCGAAGGGUCCACCAGCCAAGAUUGCCCGCCUGGAACAGAACGGGAGCCCGCUAGGAAGAGGAAGGCUUGGGAGCACAGGUGCAAAGAUGCAGGGAGUGCCUUUGAAACACUCGGGCCAUCUGAUGAAAAGCAACCUUAGGAAAGGAACCAUGCUCCCGGUUUUCUGCGUGGUGGAACAUUAUGAAAAUGCCAUUGAAUACGAUUGUAAGGAGGAGCAUGCAGAAUUUGUGUUGGUGAGGAAGGAUAUGCUUUUCAACCAGCUGAUAGAAAUGGCCUUGCUGUCUCUGGGUUAUUCACAUAGCUCUGCUGCCCAGGCCAAAGGGCUGAUCCAGGUUGGGAAAUGGAAUCCGGUCCCACUGUCUUAUGUGACAGAUGCCCCCGAUGCUACAGUAGCAGAUAUGCUUCAAGACGUGUAUCAUGUGGUCACAUUGAAAAUUCAGUUACACAGUUGCCCCAAACUGGAAGACCUGCCUCCCGAGCAGUGGUCGCACACCACUGUGAGGAAUGCGCUGAAGGACUUGCUGAAGGAUAUGAAUCAGAGCUCCUUGGCGAAGGAGUGCCCCCUCUCACAGAGCAUGAUCUCCUCCAUUGUGAACAGCACUUACUAUGCAAAUGUCUCAGCGGCAAAAUGUCAAGAAUUUGGAAGGUGGUACAAACAUUUCAAGAAGACAAAAGAUAUGAUGGUGGAAAUGGAUAGUCUGUCGGAGCUGUCCCAGCAGGGUGCCAACCACGUCAGCUUCGGCCAGCAGCCCGCCCCCGGGAGCACGGCGGAGCAGCCCCCCUCGCCUGCCCAGCUGUCCCACGGCAGCCAGCCAUCCGUGCGGACGCCGCUGCCCAACCUGCACCCUGGGCUGGUGUCGACGCCCAUCAGCCCUCAGCUGGUCAACCAGCAGCUGGUGAUGGCCCAGCUGCUGAACCAGCAAUAUGCCGUGAACAGACUCCUAGCCCAGCAGUCCUUAAACCAACAGUACUUGAACCACCCUCCCCCCGUCAGCAGGUCUAUGAAUAAACCUUUGGAGCAGCAGGUUUCCACCAACACAGAGGUGUCUUCCGAAAUCUACCAGUGGGUACGUGAUGAACUGAAACGGGCAGGAAUCUCCCAGGCAGUAUUUGCACGUGUGGCUUUUAACAGAACUCAGGGCUUGCUUUCAGAAAUCCUCCGAAAGGAAGAGGAUCCCAAGACUGCGUCCCAGUCUUUGCUGGUAAACCUUCGGGCUAUGCAGAAUUUCUUGCAGUUACCGGAAGCUGAGAGAGAUCGAAUUUACCAGGAUGAAAGGGAAAGGAGCCUGAAUGCGGCCUCGGCGAUGGGUCCUGCCCCGCUGAUAAGCACACCGCCCAGCCGCCCUCCCCAGGUGAAAACAGCUACUAUUGCCACUGAGAGGAAUGGGAAACCAGAGAACAAUACCAUGAACAUUAAUGCUUCCAUUUACGACGAGAUUCAGCAGGAAAUGAAGCGUGCUAAAGUUUCCCAAGCUCUGUUUGCGAAGGUGGCAGCUACCAAAAGCCAGGGGUGGCUGUGUGAGCUGUUACGCUGGAAAGAAGACCCUUCUCCAGAAAACAGGACCCUGUGGGAGAACCUCUCCAUGAUCCGAAGGUUCCUCAGCCUCCCCCAGCCAGAACGCGAUGCCAUCUAUGAACAGGAGAGCAACGCGGUGCAUCACCACGGCGACCGGCCACCGCACAUCAUCCACGUGCCCGCAGAGCAGAUUCAGCCGCCGCAGGCGCCCCCGCAGCCACAGCCCGCACCGCCCCCCGCGCCGGCACAGGCGCCGCCGGCCCCAACCGGGCCCCGGCUUCCCGCGCGGCAGCCGCCCGCGGCCACGCCGGCCGAGGCGGAGGAUGAGAGCCGGCCGAAGGCGCGGCCGCGGACCAAGAUCUCGGUGGAGGCGCUGGGCAUCCUGCAGAGCUUCAUGCAGGAUGUGGGGCUGCACCCGGACGAGGAGGCCAUCCAGACGCUGUCGGCGCAGCUGGACCUGCCGCAGCACACCGUCAUCAAGUUCUUCCAGAACCAGCGCUACCACCUCAAGCACCACGGCCGGCUGAAGGACCACGCGGGCCUGGAGGUGGACGUGGCCGACUACAAAGACGACGAGCUGCUGCAGGACCCAGAUGAGGGUGUUCCGGGCGCGGGCGCGAGCCCGCUCUUCGCGGUGAAGCUCGAGGACGAGCCGGCGGCCGACGGCAGCACGGACGCGAGCGCCGACGCCAGGGACUGAGCUGCAGUCCCCCAUCAGCGCCCCCCGGCCGGGGGGUCCGCCCCGCGCGACACUCGCGCUCCGCUCCGCCGUUCAGCCGGGGAAUCGUCAGAAACUUGCACAAACGGGAACGUCGAGAAAGGCUGAUACUGACUGCACUAAACGUUUUCCUCUCUUUUACGAACUGCUUGGCAGCCCCAGGUGAAGCAUCGGAUUGUUUGGUAUUAAAAAUGGAAAAUUUGUGUUCACGGAACACACCCGGGUGUGUGUACCCGUAAGCAUGAUAACCAGUGAUUUUUUUUUUUUAAUUUUAUAAUUAUUAUUCUGGAGCCUCAAAACAAGCAUUAUAACUUCUGUGAUUAUCAUUUCCUUCCUUUAUUUCUGUAACACUUCACACUUAUCUUUGGAAACUCGCCCCUUGUUUUAAAAAAGAAAAAGAGUUUGUUACUCUAUUGUAUGUUGCAAAAGAACUAUAGACUGUGGAAUGCAGUUUAAAGAUGACAUAUGCCAACAAAUGCCUUGUAUUAUAUGGCACUGCCGUAAUUCAAAUUUGUUUUUAUUUUGGAAAUAAAAGUUCACUGUAAUUUUUUUCAUUCUCAUUGUUACAAGAUUUUUUAAAAAAUGAAAAGAAAAUGUGAAACACAAUUUAGUCCUCAUUAUUUAUUUGUAGAUCCUGCAGCAUCAUGUUGUAAUUAAUUUUUGGAAGUUUCCGUUAAAUGUAAUAUUGCUUCUCUUGUUACCAUACUGGUUCUUUUCUAUUUAUAAAUGUAUUUUGAUGGGCAGUAAAACAAAGUGUCUUAAAAGUUUUAAAUAGAUAAAAUGUGCUUUACACAGUUGCCUAUAAAAAGUGCUCUAUGUUAUCCAAGCAAUUCAUACUAUAAGCUUCACUCUUAUUGUUGUAUGCAAUUUUUACUAUCAUGCAAAUAAGCUUAGGUUAAUAAAACUAAUAGAUCACCUUAGAAAAUUAUGCAAUUAAUGUGAAAAUAAUUGAUGUUUGCAACGUGUCUUCCUUUGGUUUACAAUCAAUUUUAAAGCUACAUCUGUAUAAAAUUUCUGUAUAAAGGUGUUAUUUCUUUUUUAUGAGUUUAUGGCUAUGAAAACACCAGCUAUUUUGUUACAGCUGGCUGUUUUUAUAAGUGUAUCACAAUUUUCUUUAUGCAGAAAUGUUCUGAUUAGGAGUGGUUAUUGACUGUAACUACACAAUUAAAAUUGUUUGUAUGGUAUGACAUGGUAGGGUUUGUCUGCUUAUGUGAAGUAACACAGAGUCCAAGAUGGCCCUCUCAGUAAGAUGCAUGUUAAAACUUUCUUGACAUUUUACAGAUCUGAAAAAGAGCAAUUUAAAAGUCACUUGAAACACUGUAAAUUUAAAUCCCAAACACAUGCUCAUUUUUUAAGUUAAACAGUGAAGA